AUGAUGCUGGUGAAGUGCUCCAUCCUGGUUGGCGUCCUCAUGCUGGUGAGCAGCGUGACGGGAAAGUCCAACAUAUCCAAGUGCCUCUUUUACGACAAGAGGAAUUCCGAACUGAAGCAGACGUUUUAUGUGCCCACAAGCGAUGUGGACAUGUAUAAGGCUACCAUUCAGAAGUUGCUCACGAGGGAAAUAAAUCUGCUGGACGAGUCUAUCAGCAGCAUCGACCAAAGCAGUAGCAAUGCCCAACGAGGAAACAGCACCAUCUCCAAUUUUGACGAAAUAAAAAAAAAAGAAGAAAAAAAAAAAAAUAAAGAAAUUGAAGAAAAAUUGAAGUACAUAGAAAAGUACAGAAAUUACGCCAGGAGCAUUUUAAAAAAUGUGGAAUUUAAAUGUGAAGACAUUGAAGACUAUGAGUCAAAGGUUAAAUGCAAUUUGUGUGUGUACACGGAAAUUGUAAAUAACAAACAUAUAAGGCAGGGACAGAUUAUUCAGAUUUUUAUGAAUGAAUGCAUGUAUGGUUUUUAUUACUACGAUAAUAUUAACAAAUAUGCGCAGAACAGUAAAGCGGUUACUGGCUUCCCAGAGGAUGAUCGCAACUCACAGGCAAAGUUGGACGACAUUUACUUCAGCAUUACGAAGGACGUCGCUGAAGGGAACACCAGCCAAAUCAAUUUUUUCAAGCAGCCCGCGAGUAAGUAUCACCCCGUUUGCUACGUCACGGAGUAG